AUGGCGGGGGAAGGCAACGGCCGCGCGGAGCUUCCCCGGAUCGCGGUGAUCGGCGCUGGCAUCUUUGCGCGCACGCAGUACAUCCCAAGGCUCCGCGAGAUCGCGCACCUCGUCGUCCUCAAGGCCAUCUGGAGCCGCACCCAGUGCAAAUGGGGUGAUGCGGGCCUGGAGGAGAUCAUGGGAGAUAGUUCAAUCAUGGGCGUUGCUGUUGUUCUCGCUGGGCAAGUCCAGGUUGAGCUUUCCCUAAAGAUGCUAAAGGCUGGAAAGCAUGUUAUUCAAGAGAAACCUGCUUCUGGAUCAACAACAGAAGCAGAAACUGCACUGUCAAUCUACAACUCAUUUCCAAACCAGUUCCCGCAUAAACCCAUUUGGGCUGUCGGAGAGAACUACAGAUUCGAACCUGCCUUUAUUGAGUCAAGCAAGCUGCUCAAUGAUAUCGGGGAUAUGAUGCACAUCCAAGUUAUCAUCGAAGGGUCAAUGAACAGUUCAAACCCAUAUUUCAAUAGCACCUGGAGACGCAAUUUUGUGGGUGGUUUCAUUCUGGACAUGGGUGUUCACUUCAUUGCAGGACUACGAAUGCUUGUAGGUUCAGAUAUCACAAGUGUAUCAUCUAUCUCCCGUCAUGUGGAUAUGGCUUUGCCGCCACCAGAUAACAUAUGUUCCCUUUUCCAACUGGAAAAUGGAUGUGCUGGUGUCUUUGUGUUUGCAGUCAAUUCAAGAUCACCAAAGAUAUUAUGGCGGGUCGAUGGAACAAAAGGAACAAUUCAGGUAGAACGUGGAGUUGAUAGUGGAAAACAUGGCUACCAGGUGUUAUUCUCUGGUGAAAAUGGGCAGUGCCAGAAGACAUUUUACCCGUUCUGUGGAGUGAAUGAAGAACUGAAGACAUUUGUCCAUGACAUGUUGGCGGCUGGCAAAGAUGGAGAUCACAAGGCUGAACCCCGCAGUUUUUAUGUAGAAGGCGCCUGUGAUGUUGCCGUGCUAGAAGCCAUGUUGGAAUCUAGUGCGAAGCAAGGAGCCCCAGUUCAAGUGAAGAGAUUCUAA